GUUCAUAAUGUAUGUUGAAAUUACAAUUUAAAAAAAUCACAUUUAUUUAAAAGCGUGCAGUAAAGUUACUACAUCUUUGACGUCUAUGACAAACCAAGCUGUACCCCCAACCUCGUAGUUACAGCCUGAAGAAUGUGAUAUCUAUGACCACAACACUGCGCGGUAAUAUGGCGUCAUCAAAUCGCGCGUAGAGGCAAGAUACACAUUUCACGAUUUAAUAUACGUAUCAAUCUAAUAGUCACUUAACAUGAAAUCUGACGUCGAGGAUCUAAUGCCGCGGUUGCUGCCCAUUGAUUGUGCAGACACCUUAGCGCCUCUCAACCUGGAUGGUCCACCAAGAAACCCCCAAGAGUACCUUCGACAAGUCCAGUUAGAGGCAGCGUUAUGUCCAGAAGUGGUCGUUGCUCAGAUUGACCCCAAGAAGUUAAAGAAGCAACAAACUGUCAACAUAUCUGUGGCAGAGUGCCAUGCCGCUCCAGCUGGGUUCUCUCCCAGCUUGCACUGGCAACAGAGGCAAGUCAGCAAUUUUUCUGAUGUCAGACAGAGUAUCACAAAGAACAGACAACACUGGAGCUGCCACUCUCUUGAUGACAACGUCCUAAUGCCGACGCAAGCAGAUGAGGAAGGCUGGAAGAGAUUCUGUUUAGGAGAGCAGGCCUUUCAAGGUUUAUCGUCCUGUCACACUGUUGCGGAGGCAGGGUUGGACUAUAGCAAGGUCGGCUUCCCGCCUCUCCUAACUAUCGUCAGUCGGCUCAGUCAGUCCACUGUGUUGACAGUGUUGGACAUUCUUAUCAGUUGGUUUGAAGAGGUCGGUUUUAUCCCCCAACUGGGCCGCUGGUUGUAUGCACUGUUGGCCUGUUUAGAGAAGCCAUUGCUGCCCGAAGCCCAUUCUUCAAUAAGACAAUUAGCCAGGAGAUGUGCUCAACUACGUAGCAACCUGGUGAGUCAAGAUGAUGACAACUUGCCAGCUCUCAAUCUUCUCAUCUGUUUGGUUGCAAGAUACUUUGAGCAGAAUGACCUGGCAGACCGUCCAGAGUGACUAUUUUGUGGAAGGGGAUGUUGGGGAGAAAAAUAAUGGCUCCCUCAAGUACCAUGAGGCUCCAAUCAAGUAACAAUGUUCCAUGCAGACAAAUGGACCACAUGUACUCUGCUGUUGAAGUUGUACAAUUUCCAGCCCAGCAUUAGGCCUCUUGGUUAUUUUUAAAUGAACAGCAGACUUUGGAUUUGUAAUGCGUUUGUACUGUACUUGAAAAGGAAAACACAUCUAUUAAAGAUUUGCAACAUAAUCAUUGCUAUAGUUCAACAAGCACCUUCACAAUGUGGUUAAUGACCCAUAAUUAGUGCUGUACAAUAUGAUGUU